AUGCACGAGUCCUCACCCACAAGGCCAGUUUACCAGCACACCACCGCCUUCCCCAGGCUGGAGGUGCUCAAGCUUCUGUCCAGAGGCCCUUGCGUGUCCCAGGCCUCAGCCCCUCCCGUGCUUGAAUCUCUCCUGGACUCUGCACUCCCUUUCACCUUAAACCUUAAUAAGAACGUUUGGAUCCCCAUGAAGCCUUACUAUACCCAAGAAUACCAGGAGAUUUGGGUAGGAAUGCGGUUGAUGGGCUUCAUCGUUUAUAAAAUCAGGAGUGCUGAUAAAAGAAGUAAAGCCUUGAAAGCCUCCAGUCCUGCACCUUCUCAUGGUCAUCAUUAA